AUGCUGCCGUCUCAAACUUACAUCGACGAAAAUGGCAAGAAGAUUCAUCACUCAUGGAGAUGCACGAAAAUCGCAUGCGAACAACAAUGGGCUGCAAAUACAUCAGCACGUGGUCGCUCGAGGCAUCUAUCAUACUGUCCUAACUUAGAGAUGCAUCAACGACUGGAGUAUGUGUAUAACUCGCCUCAUCUGAAUCCCCCUGAAGCCGCGCAAAUUUUGUACGUAGGAAGAAAAACAGCUGUUGCGGUCAAUGAUGAUGACGAACCAGUGGAUCCAAAAGAUUGCACUCUACCUGGCCUUGCAAAUCUCCCCAUGAAGGAGAAAGACCCUAAGAACCCGAAACGCAAAACUCAAACUCAAUCACAUAUCAUGAUGAGCAACAAGGCUGAGAUCAUGAACGCUGCAUUUCCGACGUGUAGUGGUACCUUGUUCAUGGAUGGCGCCACUGUGAUGAUGAAGUUGUUGACCACCGCAGAAGUUAAAUCUGGCGACAUAGUAUCCCCUUUACCUGUUGGAGGUAUCAAUACCAAAAAGCACACACUCAAUGGAGGGAAGAAAAUAAAAGAGUGGAAUGCAUAA